GCCGCAAUCUUCAGAACCGUCUGAUCACCCACAAAAGGUGCAUCAGGCACGCAACUUGAUCGCUAAGAUUCCAUAAAAAGCAACGGAGGGUAAGCGGCUCAGAAACCGACGUCCCUCUUGGCUGAGGAGCGCGUGCAGCUGUAACGCAACAUCUAGUUCAAUGGCAUCACUUGGCAUGGCUUUUGCUGCACCAGUAGCAGUGAGCGGAAGGGUGUUCCAGGCGACAGCAACGACCAAAAGCACCGGCGGCAGUGCGGAGGAGAAGGGGCUGUUCGAUUGGAUACUGAGCGGUCUUCAAAAGGAGGAUCAGCUCGUCGAGACGGAUCCAAUCCUCAAGAAGGUUGAGGGAAAAAACAACGGCAGCGGUACCGGUACCACUGGUACAACUCGUCGCAAGUCCCCCAACUCCGUCUCUGUCCCCAGCAACAAGAAAACCAAUGGUAGUGGCGGCGUCUUUGGAGGCCUUUUCGCUAAGAAAUGAACAAAACAGACACCUACCACACCACAACUCCUGGUUAUUGGAAUAUGGCAGCUACUAGAUGCUCCUCUCAACUUGUGAUUCGGCCGCUAGUCUUCUUUAAUUUACUUUUCGAAUUUCCAUUCUACGGAUACCGACUGCGGUUCCAACGUUCAACUCUGCUUUUUAUCGUGUUAAGCAGCAAACCAUUAGUUAUUGUUGAUUUAAAAUUUCUGUUUCGAAGUGCCGACAUUUUAUGCGGUCGUUCAUUAUUUGUUCCUGUUAUUUACAGUUCUCUGCUCGAGUUGAUGGGAAAGAAAUUUUUGGGGUCGAAAAAAUUU